UAAGGGAUGUGAUUUGAGCGCUUCGGCAUUUCACGAAUAUAAAACGAUACUGAAAUUCAAAGGUGCGUUUAAGAUGCAUUAAAAUGUUUCCCAACAACAUGAUAAUAUUUAUGAAACCAGUUUUACGUUAGUAAUGUGAAGUUAGAUGAUCAGCGAGUGUAAUUUUGCUUACCGUGAGGUGCUGAUAGUUGGUCUGAUCGUAAACAUUUAUGAUGUUAUUUUUGUGCGAAUAAAGCGCAUCCACAUCUGAGGGCCAGAGAGAUCGAUUUGCCUUUUAUUUUAUUCCCAUCGAUUGUGGUCAUCAUCUUAAACGUGACCAAAUCAAACAAACGGGAAACUGUGAUCUUCUUGACGAACUGUUGUAAAGAUGGAGGUUUUUAAAGAGGAGAGUGAAGACAUGAGUUUUUCAGAGCCAAGCAUAUUGAAAAAUGAAGAUAAUCAGGAACAGAGAGACCAGAUGGAAGUGAAAGAGAAAAAUCUGGAACCUGAUGAUGUCAAAACUGGAGAAAAAUCUUCUAGCUGCCCAGAGACUGAAAAGAAUUGCUCACAAAAAAGAACCGAACCCAAAAAUUUCACCUGCCCUCAAUGUGCAAAGAGUUUCACACGUAUAGGUCACCUUAUGGAUCACAUGAAAAUCCACACUGGAGAGAAGCCGUACACGUGCCCUCAGUGUGAAAAGAGUUUCACAUGUAAAGGAAGCCUUAAAGAUCACUUCAGAAUUCACACUGGAGAGAAGCCGUUUACCUGCCCUCAUUGUGGGAAGAGUUUCAUAAAUUCAGGAGGCCUUAAAAGGCACAUUAGAACUCACACGGGUGAAAGGCCUUUCACCUGCUCUCAGUGCGGAAAGAGUUUCCCAAAUUCAGCAGAACUUACGAGGCACAUUAAAACUCACUCGGUAGAUCGGCCUUUUACCUGUCCUCAGUGUGGAAAGAGUUACAAACAAAAAGGAGUUCUUAAGGAACAUGCAAAAAUUCACACUGGAGAGAGACCUUUUUCAUGCAUGUUGUGUGGAAAGAGUUUUGCACAACAGAGCACCCUAAAAUGUCAUAUGAAAACUCAUUCUGGUGAAAAACUACAUCAAUGUUCUGAGUGUGGCAGGAGAUUUUCAGAGGCGAGCAAUCUAAAAACUCAUCUGCUCUCUCACUCUGGAGAAAGGCCGUUUAAAUGCGAUCAGUGUGAUAAAACGUUUUUCUUGGCCGUUCACUUAAAGACACACAUGAGGAUUCAUGAAGGUGAGAAGCCUUACACAUGUUCUUUUUGUGGAAAGAGUUUUUUAUGGCUGCACGGUUUUAAAGACCAUUUGAAAACACACAUCGGUGUGAAAGCUCAUGUGUGCACUGAGUGUGGAAGCACCUUUACCAGAGCUGGUGAACUGAAAGUGCACCAAAGGACCCAUACUGGUGAGAAACCUUACAAGUGUUCACACUGUGAAAAGAGUUUCACUCAGUCAUCAGGCCUGAAAGCACAUGAAAGAGUGCAUACUGGAGAGAAGCCAUACCUCUGCCCGUCAUGUGGGAAGACUUUCAGCAGAUAUGGUAAUCUAGGAAAACAUUUAAAAAAGGCUUGCCCAAAGUUGUCAGAAUGAGUUCACCUUGAAGUACAUCGCUUGGACAGAAUUAGUUCCAAAAAGUAACUUGGAAAUGUAAACAAAGAUGUUAUUCUAUUUAGUAUCCACACAUAUCCAUUUCAGACUUUUUUUAAAGAAAAAUACGCAAAUGAUUGUCAAAGCCAAAAUAUGAAUUGACUUCAAUUUAUAUUUACUGAGUAAUUCAUUAUUUUGUGGAAGGGGGUAAAAAUGACAGUUUUGCUUAUGAUUUGGAGCAAAACUACAGGUAAUUAUUAUUUUUUGUGCAGUAUCAUUAAUUCCAUUUUUACACAGAGAUUGGUUGGUUUAUUACUAAAAUCAAUUGACUUAAUCACCCCUUACUGGAUUUUAUGCUAAUGAUGUGAAUUCAAAAAUGGUGUUGUUUUUCCAAAAUGGGAAAGCUCAUAACUCCAGAAGUGUUACAAAAAUAUCCCUUUAGAUUCUAUUUUGGGACAAAUGUUCCUUUUGGUAUUUUCAUAUUUAUUAAGGCAUAUAUAAAAAAAUAAUAAUAAUUACCUGUAUUUAUAUCCCAGAAAUAUGGGGCUCUCAUUUUGGCUCAAUGUGUAAAUUGUUAAAUAGCCCACAUUUGCAGUGGUUGAUAGAACAGAUGUGGGUCAUAUGGUAUCAAGCUAGUUAUCUUGUGUGACAAAACAAAGAUCUGAAGUGCAUAUUAUGUUAAAUUUAGAGAUGUACCUUUAAUGAUUUACAUAAAAACAAUAAUGUCAAUUUCUUCACUUUUGAGAGUCCGAAAAUAUAAAAUUUUUAAUAGAGUAUUCCAUGUUCAAUGCUCAAUGUUCAAGUUAAGCUCAAUAAAUAGCAUUUGUGGCAUAAUGUUUAUUACCACAAAAAAAUUCUCAGCUUCGUCCCUUGUUUAUGAAAAA